AUGGCCAGAAAAUUGGCCGUCGGCUGCCGUUUUCAUAAGCUGUAUAUGGCCGUUACCUUUCCGAUACUGCGUGUGUGGUACUGCUGGGACUGCAAAGUUUGCUUUCGGGUCUUCAGUUAGUAUUCCAAGCCUUAUCUUACUUUUUCGCUUCAAGUGGAGUACGUUACAUUGAGUUUGCUUUAAUUGCACUUGACUUACUUUAAUCGUGUUUGACCCUAGCUGACCAGCUCCCGAGUUUGUCUGUCUGUUACCCGAUUGUUUUGGAAUGUUAUUUUUACGUUUUCAGGAGAACGUGGCCCUUUAAUCCCCCACCCAUAACACAGUGCAAGAUUGCACGGCGCCGGCAGAGGCGCCUUCUCCGACAACAUCGCACCAGGCUGGCUGACCUCAGGAGGUCCCUGUCUGCGCACCCAAACUGAAGACGUCGGGAUUGCAGGCUGCAGUCGACAUUCUGGUCUCUACAUCAACUUAAGUAGCGCUAGCUCGUCGGCCAAGCCGCUUGGCCACGGGCGCCAUAGCCAGAAGACGCGAUGCGUUCGAUCCCGGCAAUGCACUGGCGUCGCAAGCGACGGAAACCCACAACACGGCUACAGAAGGCGGAAUCCGAAGCCAUCAAGGCACGGUCGAAUACAAUUGAAUACGGAGGACGAAUCGACCGGUCUUCACACUACAAAUAUGCUACACACAGGAUAUUCGUCUCCCUAUGUGCUACAGACAACUACCAGAACGCUACACAGAAUAGACGGUUCGCUACACAAAACUACCAAAACGACAACAGAGACCGUGCCUUCAGAAGCAGAUCGUCGUCUGUCGUCGGCGACCUCCUGCCCCCACAACGGUCUUGACGACGGGUCGUUGUGCCGUGAAUGUGCAGAGACGUACUGCAUGUUGCACAACACCACGGAGACGAAGAGGGUCUCCGUGCUGGCUGUCUGUCUUGAACGGGUCAAGAUGAGUCUGAACUGUCGAAACGCCCUGCUGCCUUUCCUUUACCUGUUUUUGAUCAAUCUUCUCAACUUUGCUCAAUGCCUUAGGAUUUCAGUUUUUCACAGAUUUGUAAGUUUUAAGCAUGGUACCCUUUUGGUACUCAAGAUGGUACCCUUUUAUUACUCAUGUAGUACUAGUUUUAGUAUUAGCCAAAUGCAGUAACUUAACUCUUAAAUUGAAAAAAACUGCGACAUAACUAGUGGAUCCCAGCAUAACUUAACAAGUUUACUCUUUUACGACCUCGGUCCCUAAUCUCUGACAUAUUUUUAUUGUUGUCGGUGUAGUUGUCCCAAGUUUUAUGUAUUGUCAGCGGAAACGAGCCCGCCACACAAAUCGUACUAAAGCCAUUAAAUGUCAUGGUUUAUUAUGGGCGUUAAUAAUUUAUGGCAUCGUAUUUAAAUUCAAUUUGACUAGACAAAGAUGACAUUUAAACUCCGUAUUUUAGGCUUAUUUCUGACUUAAUUUUAUUUAAAUUUCCAGCUUCUUCAACGCCACGGCCGUUUGUCUACGCGUUGGGCAAUACGGAAUCUAAUCUUCACCUUCAACCUCGUGUCACUGCUCACCUUCGCUUCGUGCUCCGCCGUCAUGGCCGUAGCAUCGUCAGAUACGGGCGCCCGAAGCGACCUCGACCCCGGCAAAAGCGGGGGUAUCACACCCUUCCCCGACAACCCGUUGCUACGGUCGCCGAGGAACAACAAGUUUGACGAUGUAGGUUCUUUAGCCUAUGUCAUUUCAUAGAAGUUUCUGAUAAAAAAUUGAGAAAUCUUGGAUCUAUUUAGCUAACAGGAUAGUUAUCAUACUGACAAAACAAAUCAGAGUUUCAGUCUUGUGGCAUUUUCAGAAACGUUUUAAUCAAAAAGUUGAUGAAAAGCAGAAUUCUAGUCGUAUUUUACAUUUUUUUGUGUCGGACCAUCAUUAUUUGGCCAAAAAACCCAGAAACUUUUAAAUUUGUCAAUUUUUCGUUUAAAAUGUUUUCAUUUUCCAACUUCAGAUGAAAGCCGAGUUUUAGAUUUUACUUUACAGCUUUUCGUUUCAUAUGUUGUUGCUUUCGGCACAAUUUCUUCUAUUCAUGCCACAAAAGGCUUCUAUUACAAUCAAAUUUUGAUAGCUCAACUCUCAAGUGCUCUCAUUAUAACACAUUAUUUGUACUUUAAUCACAGUUUUAAUAGAACAGCAUUAGAUCUGUUCUAAAAAUGCGUAGUGCUACUUUGUUGUGUAACGAUAGCUAUUCAAGUUAGCUUUUCUAUCAAUCCCUAACUAAACCAGUUUUAAAUUCAAUUUUUGAUACAAAUCUGUAUGUGAAACCCGCAUAUCCUGUCAUUUCGAAUAAUUGUCAUAUUAUCAUGCCUUUUCAGAAGUCGAACAUGUGCCAUAUUUGGACGCGACACACGCCUCGCGACCUCUGCGAACGCGGGUUGUGGGCGCGACUCAAGUAUCUUCGCGACAUUUCACUUUUCUCCAAAGACUGUGAUAUUGAGGAUGAUAACAUCCAGCUGGGCCAGUUCCUGCGCUUGGAGUGGAAGCUCCUCAAGUCUGCCAACGAUCUGGUCACGCACUCUGAGCAUCUGAAGGACGGGGUUCAAGGCCGAAGCUGUCUUCUGGGUGCCAUCAACUCGGACGAGUGCCUCAAGUGCUUUGAUCGGAUCGAUAAGGGCCUUCAGUUGGUGGAUCAGGCCUACCAAGCGUUCGCUAAGAUCCUGAAGCGCUUCGACUGCCUUCUGGCGGUGGAUUCGGACUCGGCUACACGCCCCUUCUCUCCAAACGGAACAUGUAGCGAUUGCAAGGUGAGUAACUGUUAACAAUAACAAAGUAUACUAACAUUAUAAUGUGUUGAGACAAUAUAAAACACUUCUGAUGAUAGAUAAGACAAUGCUAGACUAAGCACAUGGCAGACAAAGUAAUGUUUACAAAUAGUACGAGUAGAGUUUAGAGCACGAAAUAAGUAAAGUUUUGUGUGUUUGUGCCGUCUGUGGGCUCUUAAGAUUGAGUGUUGGGGGAAAUCUUUGUUUUUGUCAUCCUGACGUUAUUUUUUGCACAUCCCUGUAAACAAUAAAAAAGCACUGCACAGAACAGAACAGCACGUUGAGAGCCAGGUUCGAAGCAAAACAAUACAAAAUCAAUAAUAGGGAUUCGUCUAUUUGAUUAUGAAUACUUAAGUGGCAAUCCCAACUCCAUACUCAGCACAAUUGUCCAAUUAAGAAAUGAGCUUUGAAAUGGCAACAAAGUACAAAACAUAAAAUUGGUAUUUAUCACCCUUUUGUUAGUAGGCAGCGCACAUUUUGAAAGUAGCUUAGGUAACAAGUUAACAAAAACUAGUGAUUAACAGUUACCACCUCAAUUAAGCAACGUUAAUAUAAAACUGAUUGUUUCCAGAGGUGGUACCGCAAAUGGGCGCUAGUUCAAUUGAUACAAGUGUGGAAAGAUCCACCUUGCAUCAACUGGUGCUACUACGCCCAACUGGCAUGUCCCCACUUGGCCACGAACAGAGUCGUCGACUUCGGUGGCCAUCCAGCAUUUCUGUGUCGCGGUAAGGACUUUUUUAAGAAAACCAACAGUUUGAAAAUCAUAUUCUACUGACGAUGGUCAUCAAAAUGCAAUAAUUGCAACAUUUGACAUAAAUAUCUAGGUAUAGGCAUACAUAUUAUAUUAUAAUACAAACAGUACUAAACUAAACCAACCUCGACUUCAGAUUUGGACAUUCCUCAAAGCCAGUCAGGUCACGAGGAGGUGAUGAACCGUGAUGGAGUGUCAUCCUGUUCGUGUGUCCAUCCCUGCGAUCUGGAGACAUCGGCCAGUGGCACCAGUGCACUAUCGGCUCAUGGGGCCGAGAAGUCGUUCGACUUCUUCGCCGAUCCAGAACACUGUCGCCAGCGAUUAGAACGCUGCGAGACGGCGAAUCGCAAGUCGGCCAUGUUCUCGACCCUCGACCGCGACGAUCCAGCAGUGACGGGUACCAAAAAGCGGAAGAAGCGACGUCGCCGCCACAACGACGACGAGGCCACCACCAGCCGGGAGAGCCCAUCCCCCGCCCUUAGCUGGCUGGCCGUGCUCGGAGCGGGCAUUUUUCUGCGAAAUUAG